UCUUAUUUUGAGUCCGAACUCAUUGUCACGGAGUAUGUCAAAGGAUCGAGAUCUAGAGAAGAACUGGUACUCCAUACUUGGGGCGACUCCCAGUGAUGAUAUACAAGAGCUGAAACAGAGGUAUCAGAGACUGGUCCUAAUGUUACACCCAGACAAACAGAAGCCUGGUCUGUCAGAAGAGGAGGCUGGGCUGCUGCUGCAGAGGUUUAUAGACGUGGAUCAGGCCUGGAAGAUCCUGAGCAACGAGGAGAGCAGGAGGGAGUUUGACCUCCAGCUGCGUGCACAUGAACUGAAACAAAGCUGGCCUGUGGAUGCUUGCGUUACGCUGGAGGACAUGAACUGGGAUGUCGAGAAUGAGUGUUACUCGUACAGCUGCCGCUGCGGCGGCGACUUCAUACUGGAGAAGGAAGACACACCGGUGGGUGAGGACGCUGUCGUGUGCUGCGACACGUGCUCGCUCAGCAUCGAAGUGAAGGGAGCUACAUGACGGAAGCGUGACCGUUCUUCCUCAAUGCCGUUCUUCCUCAAUGCCAUGCUCAUUAUUGUGGACAUGAAAAUGGUGCCUAAUAACUGCCACCUCCGUAUACACCAAAUCCUAGGACAUUAUUUAGAUUUUUUUUAUUUAUUUGUUGUUGUUUUUUUUGUUAAAAUGGCAGAAUAAUUAUGGUCAAUUAGUGAUGAAUAAAAACUUUUUUUUUUUUUUUUUUUUUUUACCAUUUUCUUUGAUUUUUUUAUAUUUCCUUUCUUCUUUUUUUGUAUUAUAAUUCCAGUAUUUCACCCUCUGUGUAUUUAUUAAAAAAAAGAUACUUUUUUUCUUCUCUGUCAUUUCUCUCACUAUUUUAUUUUAUUUAUUUAUUUUUUAGUCAUGUUGGAAUUUUAAUUCUGGCACAAAUCAAAAGUGGAGUAUAUAGAUAAUUUUUUUAUUUACAAAUAAAGCCGAAAAAAA